CCAAAUUAACAAGGUAAGUGUUUAGUGUUGCUAAAAUCGCUAAAGUGAAAACGCGAACAGUUCAUAAGUGAGACGCUCAUAAUUUCUUACAGUAAAAAAAUGUUCGAGUGCGAAUAUUGUAACCGCUCGUUCAGCCGAAAAGACAGCCUUGUAAGGCACGGGGAUUGUCGCGCGGCAGCGAAAAUUUGCGAGGUUUGUGGAGGGAUAUACAAGUCCGAGGGGGUCCUGCGACGCCACCAACGCGAGAGACAUCCGGCCCCCAAGGCGAAGAGACCCGCCGACGCCGGUAUUGCUGCCGACGAACCCAAGCGCCCGAGACUUGAUCUACCGGAAGUUACAACAUCGACACUACAAUCCACGCGCCAUUGUACGCAGUGUACUUGACCAUUCCCGGAAUGAGAUGGCAAGGACACUUGCGUACUUUGGCUCACCGCCAAAAUUGCAGC